GUACGUGGUAGUUGCAUGAUUACUAUAUCUAUUUUUAUUUAUGACGUACAGUUUAGCACAUUAUUGCCAGUCUCUUCUUCUCCCUCCCCUUUCCAUUUACAGGAAAAAAGCAAAAGACACAAUUUUUCCUCGGAGAAUUCAAUUGCUAGCUGUUAAUUUCUUGGUCAGGUAGUAUAUUCACACACAAACAGCGCGCAUCUGUGCCCUUUCUUUCUCUCUUUCCUUAACCUCUUCCAUUUGUGCCCUUCAUUUUAUCCUUCCUUCACCAUUUACUGUGCUGCAAACUAAAUAUGGUAUGCCUUCUGAUGAUUUUCCUUAAAAUGGACCAUUUGCAGCCAUGAAUCAUCCCGGUAUUCCUGAAUGGUUCAUUGAUGAUGAAAUCCCUCUCGGAAACCAGAAGAAGUCACCUGUGGGAUUAGACCAUAACCUGGUGGAGCUGCUAUGGAGGAACGGGCAGGUUGUGAUGCACAGCCAAACACUCAAAAAACCUGCCGCGGAUCCGAACGAGGCGAGUCAACCGGUCAAACACGACCCGCCCACUUCCAUUGCUGCCGGAAGUGUUCUGGGGAACCCGACCGGCGGCGGUUUGAUUCAGAACGAGGACGCAGCUUCCUGGCUGAACUACCCGGUCGUUUAUGAUUCAUUCGAGAGAGAAUUGUGCGGGCCUUUUUUACCCGAAAUCCCAUCCGCUCACCCAGUAGCAGCUCUGGACAUAUUCGGUUUAUCACAACCCCCCAACCAUAAUAAUAGUCAUGCUCCGGCUAUGCCGCCGCCCGGAGCUCAGAUCUUGAACAACUUGCGGAAUAGGCCGCGGGGGGAAGAUCCCCAUGGGAGAGAAUGUUCGGUGAUGACAGUGGGGUCAAGCCACUGCGGGAGCAAUCAGGUCGCCAUUGAUCCGACUUUUAACAGGAACUCACGCGGCGGCGGGGGAGGGAACGGCGGCGGCGGAGAUAGGCGGUGUUUGUCCGCAGCAGUGACCGAAGAUGAUGAGAAACGAGUGAGUCCUGAAACGGAGCUGCUGGGAGAGGAAGAAACGGCUGCCACGUCAUCUUCUUCGGGGAGGUCGGGCAGCAGCACCUUUGUUACAACCAAAGGCGGCGACGGCGGCGGCGGCAGUGUAAACAUUCGUAAAAGAAAAGCUCGGGAUCCAGAAGAGUCCGAAUGCCAACAUGAUGAGGCGGAUGACUUUGAAUUGGGUGAUAGAAACAAGUCAUCCCAAAAGUCUGGAACCACUCGCCGGAGCCGUUCUGCUGAGGUGCAUAACCUCUCUGAAAGGAGGCGAAGAGAUAGAAUCAAUGAGAAGAUGAAGGCCUUGCAGGAGCUUCUCCCUCACUCCACCAAGACAGAUAAAGCAUCUAUGCUAGAUGAGGCAAUUGAAUAUUUGAAGUCACUACAAAUGCAACUUCAGAUGAUGUGGAUGGGGAGUGGAAUGGCAUCUAUGAUGUUCUCAGGAGUGCAACCCUACAUGUCAAGAAUGGGGAUGGGAAUGGUUCCACCAACAAUGCCUUCUAUGGGAAUGCAUUUACCAAGGCCUCCUAUGGUUAAUCAUUCUGCUGCUGGUGCUGCUGCACCUUCUAUGGCUUCCACACCCAGCCAAGCCGCGGCAAUGAUGAAUCCCAUGAUCAACUUUCAGAAUCAGAUGAAACCCCCAAAUUUUCCCGAGCAGUUUGCCGGUUUUAUGGGCUUCCACCCUAUGCAAAAUCCUUCCCAGUUUUUAAACCGUUUGAGCUUGGGUUCACAUUCAUCUCAACCUAACGCGGUGUUCAACACACCAACGAAUGCCAAUGGUCCCCCGGCUUAAACAUUGGCUACAACUGAGGCCGGGCUAUGCAGAACGCGAGCCGAUCUUGCACUUUUACUGCAGUGUAUACAUUGUUUUGAUCAUUUAAGACUAACACAAUAUUGUAGGAUGGUGGAAGGCUGAAAGCAGCCAACUGCUCAACCUUCGCCUGUACAUUUACUUUUUAUUUUUACAAGGGAUCAUUUGGCACCUGGCAGGAUUCGACCUGAAACUCAAAGCGUGAUAUGUAUUUCCUGCAUUUUCCUCCAUACCCGUUAUAUCCCUGAGGCUGAGGGAGAUAUGCAUGUAUGACCUCCAUCUGUUAUGACACAUGCAUAUCUGUUGGCAACUGCACCUAUAAUUUUGGGUUUUAGCUCAUCUGGUACAAAACUAUGACAUGCACGAUUGCAUGCAUGAAAUGCAACUACUUGUGAACAAAUUCCAUGAUUUGCUUCAGAAAG